AACCAAUCGUGUGCUGUUCUGUUUGUUUUUCGUUUGUAACAAAAAUAUGAAAAGAAUUUUAUACAGUAAACGAAAGCAGACUCUCGGUUUUAGUUUCCCGUUAGCUGAUAAAGAGGAGUCCAGUGUUGCAGAUGACAUUCGGAUCAUGCUGACUCUGAGAGAACAUGCUGCCUUCACGGUGGACUGUGUGAAAAUGUUGACCAGGCAGAGCAGCACUCUCGAUGGACUUCCAGCAGCUGAUCAGAGCGGCAGGACCAUCAAAGUGGAGUUUAAAGCAGAAGAGGUGCAUUUGGAGGAAGACAGAUCCUCUACACAUGGACUGAUGAAAGUCCUUCCAAUACAGUGUCAGAGAGAUAUUGUUGAUGAAUGCUCCCUGGUGGAGAGCUUGAAAGCAGCAGCAAAAUGUGAUGAAUCCCAAACUGAUGAACUACGCGCCCUGCAGCUGAAUCGUGCAGCUACUGACCAAAAGCUCUUCAUGUUUCAGAAUGAUGACACCAUGCAUGACAAGGUGUGGCGCAUGCAGAAUGAUGGAGAAACCUCCACGUUUGGGUAUGAUUCAGCAGACAAAUGUGAUCCUGGCAGCAGCGUUAUGACAUCAGAGCAACGCAAAACUGGAGCUGAGACACAGGAGGAAGCUGGAGAUGUCAAAGCUGCUGAACCUGCAACUGGAGUUGUCCUGCCUGAUGUGGGUUCAACUAUUGGUAAUGUAGCAGAGAAGAAUUUGGAUGAAGAUGCUUCCAAACCCACACACCUCCCCUGUGAGCGUUGUGGGAAAAGCUUUUUACGGAGGAGCAGUCUGCUCCGACACAAGCGUUAUCACUGCUGCAGUGGUGCGGAGGAUUCUGUCGACCUGUCGUACACAUGCAACAUUUGUAGCCUGAUGUUUCGGACGGAGCGGCACUUGAAGCUGCAUGCGUGCUGCGACAACGGGCAGCAAUCUGAACAGAAGGAGCGAAUAAGGCAGCACGCCUGCACGCAGUGCAAUAAAGGCUUCUAUCAGUUUUCCACGCUUCAGCAGCACCUCAUCAUUCACUCAGGAGAGAAACCGUACAGCUGCAAGGUGUGUGGGAAGACGUUUGGGAGGGAAGGCACUUUGAAAGAGCAUCAGGUCACUCACAGCGGGGAGAAACCAUUUCAUUGUGAGCACUGUGGCAAGCGCUGUGCCCGAAAGGGAGACCUAAAAAUUCAUCUGCUCAGCCACUCUGAAGAGAGACCAUACAGCUGCUCCUUUUGUUCAAGCAAGUGGCCAAACUGAAGCAGCAUGAGCGCAUCCACACGGGGGAGAAACCAUAUGAGUGCCAGCUGUGUCAGAAGCAGUUUGGCCUCCAGAUGUCACUGGUGAGUCAUCAGUACAGCCACACGGGGGAGAAACCAUUCAAGUGUGCUUUGUGUCAAAGGUGCUUCAGCAACAGGCAGCAACCUCAGAAAGCACCAGAGGAUCCACUCCGGGGAGAAACCAUUCCAUUGCUCACACUGUGAUAGACGUUUCCGCCUCCAGCAACACGUGACUGUGCACGAGCGCAGUCACACAGGGGAGAAACCAUACAAGUGCGACACGUGGUAAAAGUUUCAGUCAGACUAAAGCUUUAAAACUACACCAGUCUGUUCACAAGGUGAAGAAACCACUGCAGUGCCUUGUGUGUGGGGUCAGCUUCCCAGGUUUAUCAGAGCCGCCUGAUCACAAGUGUGGCCAGACUGCGGAGAAACCAUACCACUGUCCACAGUGUGGUAAAAGCUUUCUGAAUUUAAACAUUGGCUGGUUCACUCAGGAGAGAAACCAUACAAAUGCGGUGACUGCGGGAAGCAGUUCAAUGACAAGAGUAACCUGUCCAAACAUAUACGAAUCCACACGGGUGUCAAACCGUUCCAGUGUGAACACUGUAUGAAGCGCUUCAGACUCUACCAGCAUAUGUCACAACAUAGAUUAACACACAACAAAUGUGAAAGAAGUCUUAUUUCAGAUCAGACAGAAUCUCUAUAAUAAAGAUAGACGUGUGUGUACAUACAUAUGUACAAGUCUUACUUCACAGGAUUCAAUGUUGAAACAAUUAUUUCAGUAACAUUGUCUUGCAAACCUAAGUGUGUUGUUACUGACAUUCUCCUAUAAGCAACUAUUAAUAAAACCAACAACUCAGAAUUGCAGUAGCGUUGAUGCGCUUCAAUAAUUCUCAAAAAUCUCAGAAAAUUUUAUAUUUGAAAGAUGUAACA